AUGCUUUCAAGGACCAAGCCGGCCGUGGGGCCAGGCUCUGGAAAUACUGUGUCAUCCGCCAAGGAUUCGAAAAAGAAACGAAAGUUACCAAAAACGGAAGAAUUCUUGCAGAUGAGAGAUUUCACUGGAGCAAUCACUUUACUGGAAGUAAGCUUUAUUAAUGUUAACCUGGGAAUACAGCCGUCUCUCCUCGGGUGGAUAGAAAAAUUAUGAAAACUUUAGACCUAAGACCCAAAAAUGAAGACUACCCUCAAAAUCACUCGUAAAUAGCUAGAAAUGGCUUUCUCAACCUGAGAUGUGUAAGAAACAACUUGACCUUCAAUAUUAUAAAUGAAUUGACGUGGGACUUCGUUUUCUAUAACCCCCUUCCCUCCAAAUGUAGAAAAGAAAGACCCCUUCGAAAUCACUCAAAAACAGCCUGAAAUGGCUUAUAGACAUGAAAAAUGUGUGAGAGACAAGAUCUUGAGUUAUCAAUGAAUUUGACCUGGGUCUUCGUUUUCUACAACCUACCCCCCUCCAAAUCACUUGAUAUGGGCUUGAAAUGGCUUCUAGACCUGAGAAAUGUGUAAGAGACAACAAGAUCUUCGAUUAACAAUGAAUUUGACCAGUGUCUUUGUUUUCUAUCCCCCGCUGCCCCCAAAUGUAGAAUACAAAGGCCUCCCUUAAAAUUACUUAAAACGGCUUGAAACAUAUACUUUUUGUCAUAAAUUUGUGUGUGUUUUUUUUAUUAAUAAUGAAUCAGUUUUAGUCUUGUUUCUGCAUCAUUCAUGUUCCCUUGUCUUAAAUUCAUCCUAAAAAACAUGUCGAUAUACAAAACAAAGCAAAGUAACGCCAUUAUUUUAUGAUGGACUUGACUGAACAACAACAUGCUGCUGAAUUAAAUUAUUGUGUAUUUUCUGCUUUAGUUUAACAGAAACUCUGGGAAGGCCAGUGAGGAGACAAAUCUUUGGAUUGCAUACACCGCCUUUCAUUUGGGAGACUAUAAAAAAGCAAUGGAGGUAACUGGAAAAAAAAUUAAUAUUAAUUUUAUAUAAUGGUGACAAGUUUUUUUUAUAGAAAUAAGAAAAAAAGGUGGGAGAUUUUUGAAUGAAAUGAUUUCAGUUAUUGUUUGUUUACUGAUCUGAACAGUAUGUGUGCCUGCACUCUAAUCUUUGACCUUUCAAUUCCAAGCUAAUGAGCUUAUUUAUAUGUUAAAUAUUAGGCACACUCUGUUUGCCUUAUAAUUCAGUAAGAUCAAUUGUCUAGUUAUAUGCCCGAAGAAACUUCAUUUCAGCAUCUUUUCACAGCUCUCCAAUCACAUUGGAUGACAGUGCUGUCAUGUUAUUGUGUUUUCAUUCAUUGACCAUUUAGUCAUUUCAUACUCAAUGCCUGUGUAAUCAGGGUUUCUAUAAUCUCUUUCUUCCAGCCACUAGUAUUUGUGCCAGGUUAUUAGAACAUUGCCAUAAUUUGUGAAAAAGAUCAUAAAUAUUACUACGCUGUAGUGCUAAACUUCCUAUUAAUAUGCUGUUUGUGCCACAGCCAUAGCCACCAAAGUUUCUGAACUUAGCUGGAAUUGGCUAGCAUUUUCUUUGCUAACAUAACGAUAAAAAAAAUUAUGAUAUACAGUAUCACAUAAAAGAUUACACUUUAUAACAGCAUACACCACAUGUAUCCUCUUGGUUACAAAUAAUUGAAUCACAGUGAUUAAAAGUGAGCAAAUAUAUUUUUUCAUAUAUGUUUUUAUAAUCCCUGAUUGAAAUGAUUGUUGUUGUUGCCUUUCAGGAAUACUUGGCACUGACAAAAAGUGAAGCUUGUCAUCCAGAUGUUUGGGUGAAUUUGGCUUGUUGCUACUUCUUUCUUGGAAUGUACAAAGAGGGUGAUGAAGUUGCCGAGAAAGGUUGGUGUUAAGCGCAUUUACAUGUCAGGCCUCGAAAGAAAAACUUCAAUGCCAGCUUGUCCUUUGUGCAAGCAGCUCUCAUGUUUUGCUUGCUCAGGGCCACUUCUUGCUCUUCUUAGUUAAUGAUAUUAUAACAGGAUGAUUUGCCUGGACCCUUACCCAUUGGGCUUAAGUAAGCUUUACAGGUAGAAAGAAGAAGUGUGACAUCACAUUACCAUGGUAGCAAAAUUUCUGUAUCACAACAAUACGAAGCUUAAGCAACAAUGACGGUGAAGGUAACAAAAACGGCGAAAAAGCAAUAGGUUUCUAUGAACAAAACAUGAUCUUUGCAUGUGUAUCGAGCUUUUUUGUACAUUUCUUAGCUGUGGUUGCUUUAUGGAGUAGGUGAACACAACACACAAAUUUUUGUUCUCUUUUUCUAAUGCUUUGAUACAGUCCUUUCGGAUUUAAGCCCAGAAAAUGUCUCGAACAUUUGGCAAAUGAAAUGAAAUGAAAUUAGAUUGGUUAAGUUUGAAACAGUGUGAAUUCACUUUUCAAGUCACGUUUUCGGUUUUUUGUCAUCCAGAAGUUUUGCUACCGUGGCAACAUGAUGUAAUGACUUCUCUUCUCUAUUACUUGCCCAACAAGAAAAUCUAUUUGUCCCAGAUUACUAGAUGGGACUCUUUUGGAGCCAUGCAUGUGCACCUGUUAGGAGUGGCAAAUUACACCCAUAAAAUAAACGUACUAAAUUUGGGUCUUGGAAACAUUUCAUCCAGUCUCAUAAUCUUGGAACCUUAGUUUGUGGUGAUUUGAAUUUUCAACUUCAACUUUAUUUAAAUUUCAACUAAAUAAAUAAUACUAAAUUUUUAUCUACAACAGGUCCAAAGAGCAGACUUCAAAACCGACUUCUAUUUCACCUCUCUCACAAGGUAACAAUAAUCAAGGGGAGGUGCAUUGGGUGGCUAUUCAGCACCCUCCUUUCUGGCUAACAAGUCAUGUUUGUUAAAACAGUUUAAUAGGCAAUUACCUUCCAUGUUAUAUGUGAUAUCAUGUGCUGCCAGUGAGAGUACACAAUUUUAAGGUUCUGUAGUAAAUGUAAAUAUUUUAACGUAAAUAUUUCUGCUAUUUUGUGACAUUGUUUGAAUUUGUGAUUUGAUAGAGAAUUCUGACUUUGUAAAAAUAAAUUGUUUAAUUUUUCAAACAUCAGUAUUGAUUUAGCAUCGGUAUACUAUGUACAUAUUUUUAGAACAAUUAAAUCAUCUUCUGUUCUUAAAUUCACCAGUUUAAUGAUGAGAAGAGACUCAUGGGUCACCAUCAGGCAUUGCAAGAUAUUAUUGAGGAUCAGGUAGGAAUGGCAAAAGUCUUUAAAAUUAUUGAACAUUUUAAAACUGAGGCUUGAGAUUUUGCACUCAUUACAUAAAUUCUUCUGACCUAUUAUUAAAGUUGCUUUCCUUUACACCUGUGUUGGCUGGUUUUUCUAGUUGAGUUUGGCUUCAAUCCACUAUCUCAGAAGUCACUAUCAAGAGGCUAUUGAUAUUUACAAGAGGAUUCUGCUUGACAACAGGUAUCCAAAUUAUUAUGAGUUUUAUUUUAUUUUACUAUUGAUUCUGUUGACAUAUUAUUGUCAUAAACAAACAAAUCAUGUAUUAAAUGAAGAGAAGAUCAUCGUAGUUGGACCCCUGACUGCUGUGAUAUCGGUGUGGAGUGCUGCACCGGUAUCGCAGAGGUCAGGGUUUAGUUCAAAUAUAUGAAAUUCAUAAUAUUAUAUUCAUCAUUUCAAAUAAUUAUUUUUAUUACUAUUGAUCUGGCCAAUCAACCCUGGAUCUUAAUAGCUACAGCUGUAAAAAUUAUUAAACACCAGCUCACAUAUUAAUUUUCAUAAAAAGUAUUGUUUCAGAAUAUAUAAAUGAGAUUUGCAUUUAAUAAUUAUGUGAUCACAUUUUAUUGAAUUGCAGAGAUUACCUGGCUCUAAAUGUUUAUGUUGCUCUGUGUUACUACAAGCUGGAUUACUAUGAUGUAUCCCAGGUAAGUAAGGGACUGUGUUCUGUGAAAAAAAUACGUUGUAUGGAGCCCAACCUUUUUUUAAGAAUUUAUCCUUGACACUGAAAAAGAAAAGUAAAAAAUAGUGUUAAGAAGUCUUUUCUUAAAGGCCCUCUGCCAAGUUACGUUUCCUUCCUUGGACAUUAGGCGGGUGUAGCAAAAAAAAAAUGGGACGGCAGUUAAGAGGAUCUGUGCAAAUGAAAAAGCCCUCUUGACCAUAAUGGCAGAGUGGCAAAUUGGGCACCAGAAGUCGCAUCCAGCCCUUUCCGCAUGCUUUUUUGUUGUCAACUGUGUUCCCGUUCUGUUGCUAUAAAAUCACUCUUUGUGCAUGACAUGAUGUGACAUUAAUUUUUAUUGUAUUGUUAACUGUUCUAGCAUGCGCCCUUCACCACCCCUACCCCCAUUAAAACAAGAACAAAAAAGUUACUGUACAAGGUUCUUAAAAUGACUCUACAGUAUGAUUUUUAUCGAUGUAUUUAUUUUUUUUGCUUUUAGGAAGUCUUAGCAGUGUAUUUACAACACUAUCCUGACAGGUAACGCCAAGAAAAUGGACAGCAGUAUUUAUUAGUAGAUUAAAAUUCUCAAUACAAAUCAAACUAGUUUGAUAUUUAAACCUAGCAGGGAAUAUUUUAUGUUAACUGCCUCUCUCUUCUUAUAUUUUAGUGCAAUUGCUGUAAACUUAAAGGCCUGUAAUCACUUUAGACUGUACAAUGGAAAAGCUGCAGAGGUGAGACUUUGAAUUUUUCCAUACAUUACCAACACUAUAAUGUUACCAGAGCUUGGUUUCAGACAUACUGGUAGUACAUAUACCAUUAUUGAAGUCCAAUGCCUGAUGUUGUCAGAGAUUAUUUUAGCUACUUUAAUUUUCUAGAUAAUUUGUAUCAUAUCCCCAUGUACAGUGUACUAUUACUAAAACUAAGAAAGAGCUCUUUGUGUUAAACUCUCAGCAUGGUACUAAAUAAAUAUACAUACAGUACUGUUCAAAAGUAAGUUGACACUCGAUUCUCAAUCCUCGCGAGAAUCGAGACUCGAUUCUCGAUUGUUGCGUCUCGACUCUCGAUUCUCGAUUCCUGCGAGACUCAUUAAACCAGAACGGCCUUUGUUUAUAAUCGAUUGAAAGGGUUUUGUUUCCAGUAAUUUGCUCUCUACUCUUGAUACUUGAUUGCUGCGAGAUUCUACAACCUUUGUUCAAGUUUUGAGUAUCUUUUAACUUCUCUCAUGUCACAAAAACCUUCUCCUCCAUAAAAUAACAAACUCAAUUGAUUCUUGCAAGAAAUUCCUGAACUAUGCAAAUUAUACAGUAGCAGUUGACAUUUGCAUAUGCUUGCACUGCUCGGGUGUACUUGCAGUAUUGAAUCCACAUAAUCUUUGAUCCAUUUUAUUUUUCUCCUCAGGCUGAACUUAAGACUCUUCAGGAGACAGCAAGUCCAUCAUUCAGCUUUGCAAAUGAUCUUAUUAAACACAAUUUGGUAAGAAUGGCUAAAUUUGCAACUUUUUGUCCAUUGCUUGAAGCUUGUAAAGUUUAGGGCUGGUGUUCUUCAAUUACUGGUUAUUUUUUGUAACACAUGUUGAAAUUGGCUUUUAUGUAAUCUUUAUUAUUUUUUUGGUUUGGAAGUGUAGACAUUUACGGGUAUACUUUGUUUCUAAAGGAAAACUGUCCGGACUCGUAUUAAUUGACAGGUGGUAGAAUAUCAUUUUUCAGAAACAGGGAACUGGUUUGAACUUAGUGUCAUGAGAGAAAAGGAGUGCAAGGCAGAGAACCAACAACAAACUCAACCCACAUAUGGCUUUGACACUGGGAUUUGAACCCAGGCCGCAUUGGUUGAAGGCGAGUGCUCUCACCUCUGCACCACCCGUGCUCCCCCUAGAUCUCUCUCUUCUGUAAUGUUCCCUACCUCCUAACAUAUGUGUCCUUGACAGGUUGUCUUCAGGGGUGGAGAGGGAGCCUUGCAAGUUUUACCACCAUUGGUUGAUGUCAUUCCAGAAGCUCGUUUGAAUCUGGUAAGUGUGCCACCUUUAUAUUAGAGGCUUUUCUAAAUUACUGAAUCAAAUUUAAUUUCUUGUACAAUCCCUUGUAUAGUUCCUUUGUUGAUUUAAAAUGCUUGAUUUUUCCAUCCUCUCCACUGUUGUGAGAAUGCUAACUUUAUCUGGUGCCUUGUCAGGUUUCUUGUGUAUUCCCCAUUUUUUUACAUGGAAGAGGUCAUAUUUUUGCACUCACAGUUGCUUGAAUUUAGCUGAAACAAAUUUUUUUCCUUUCUUGAGAGUUUAAGUCAGAAACAAUUUUAAAGCGAUUAAUGAUGACUAUGUUACUCCUAGCUUAAAUACAAGUUUUUGUUUUCAAGAUCAGCUCUUGAUCACCCAUAACUUCUACUUCUGAAGUACUUUUUUUGUUUACAGGUUAUCUAUUACUUAAGGCAAGGUAAUGGAGAUAUUGAAAUUUAAUUUCACUGUUGGAGUUAUUAAUAUUUUGAUAUUAAAUCUGAGGGUUGGUUAUUGAACAGAGCCUAACUUGGGCUGUGCUUCAAGGCAGUCGACUGACCUCAAGAUUUGUUUUUGAAUGAUUUAUUCUUAGUUGUUACAUGUGUUUUAGUCUGCCGUUAUGCCUUCUUGACGCUGUUAACAGUAAGCAAAGUUUAGAUGUGAGGGUUGGCCAAAAUGAAAAUAGUUGAGAACACCAUUUUGCUAACUCUGGCUUUUUUAAUAACCAGCACCAAACAUUUGGAUGAAGAUAACAACUUUAAAUACUUGGGAAUUCUAUGAGAUAACAAUACUAUGAAAGUUUUAUUGAAUAUUUGCUUUUUACUUUCCAGAUGAUGUUGUGGAAGCAUAUAAUCUGAUCAAAGAUCUAGAACCUACAACUCCACAGGUAACCUACGUACAAUUGGACUAGGGUUUUGAUUGUUCUGUUAUUGCAAAAACAGUAGCGUGAGAUACACUGUGGAAGCAAAACCACUAUAAGCUGUAUAAGAUCUGUUCUCAGGUUAAACCAGAAGUUCCUUUGUCUCUUAUGAAUAAGUAGAUUAGAGCUGGAAAAAUUAAGGAAAUUCUGAAUCAAACUAGACUGAGAAGUCAGAUAUAACCUGAGAAAGGAUUUCAUCUACAACAUAAUUUAUCAUACCCUAUCAGUAUCUGUGGAAAACUGUAUAUUAUACUUACACUGUAAUUUUGUGCCUUGCAGGAGUACAUCCUUAAGGGUGUGGUCAAUGCUGCCUUAGGACAGGAACAGGGAUCGGUACGUCAGUAUUUUGAAGACUAGGAGAGGUUUGACUCUGACUUGUUUUCAGAAACUUUCUGAGUUUUUGUUAACCUGGUCGAGCGAGUACGUUUGAUUUAAGAUAUAUUGCACAUCAUUACGUGUGCAAAAAACAGAUGUUAAAUUGAUGUUCCAAACGUAUCGCGGGACUUAAGCGCACGAGAGAGAUUUGAGGAACUCUAGAAUGGGCCAUGUGGUUAUUUCAGGCGUUCGAAACUUUGGUUGACAAUUAGGUUCUAGGAAAAGAUGCUAAUUUUGAAAACUUGCCUAGUUUCCAGCAAUUUUGAUAUUGCUAAAGAGCCUGUGAUGAAUGAUCUUGUGGACGUAGCAUGCAACCUUGAAUUUACGGUCAAAAAGAGAGACAGCUUUUUUGUUUCACAAUGCAAGUCUUCAGUUUUUCUUUUCUUUUCUUUUCGUUUUUCUUCUCUUUUUUUUUCUUUGGUCAAAGAACUGAUGAUAUACAAAAUUGCAGUUCUUUUUUUGCUUUUACGUUUACAUUCAUUCAAAAAAUUCAAUGAAAGAGAAUUGUAACUAUGGAACAUCUGUCCUUGAUUGAGUUGAUUACUUAUGAAGAGCAUUGUUUUAACGUUGCUUUCAUCUUUCUGUCUUUUAGAGAGAACAUUUAAAGAUAGCUCAGCAGUACUUUCAGCUUGUAGGUGGAUCAGCAAGUGAAUGCGGUGAGUUUGUGCACAAUGUAACCGGGUUAGUGGCGCGAAAACCACAUAAUCUGUUUGGUUAUUUUCCACAAUGCCCGGAAUUCGAGCUUUUUGCUAAGUGAUGUGCGCGAGAGGGGAGCACUCACGUGCGUCUUCCUCCCUCACGGUCAGCGCUGCUGUUCUUAUUUGCGCUCUAAAAUUUCUCGCGUGUGCCUAUCCUGCGAGCAUUAGAAAUUAUUGGGGCGAGUGAUAAUGAUAAGAAGUCGUCCUAAAACCAGUUAAUUUUUCGUAACUCCUGUACUGUACAGCGUACUACAUUAUCGGACAAUGAUUUACCUUAAUUUAUUUUUUACUUAUCCUAGAUACUAUUCCGGGGAGGCAGUGUAUGGCAUCUUGUUUUUUUCUCUUAAAACAGUUUGAAGACGUUCUCAUUUAUCUGAAUUCCAUUAAGGUGAGAUUAAAACAGCAAUUCCUUUUUACAGACAUGUAUUUUUAGAGGCUUAUAUACUUUGAUGGUAAUAAGGUCGUCGGCACCAAGUGUUUUGGAGUAGAUAUUUGUAUCGAUAAUGCCUUGCAGCGAGCAAAGUUCGAUUUAUGAACGUCGUGCUGCCGUCGCGCCGAACGCAAUUCAAUGGGCCAUUUCCGAGUGGCCCCAAUCCUCUGUAUCAAAUCAGGCUGAGUGCGAGGUUACUGAUAUCAAAACGACUUUUCAUUCUCAUGCACACAAAACUCAUUUUCACAUGAAAGGUUUUGCACUUAGGGCAAAGCGAGAGUUUUUGGAACUUGGAAAUGGCCUAUUUAAUAAGGCAUCGUGAAUAAUAAAUACCGUGCAAAUACGUCAUAGAAGUUGGCUAAUACACGGUUCCUUUGCGAAGGUUUGAAAUGCGACGUUCGAACCCAACUCGUCCUUCUGUAGUGCCCAUGCGAGCCAGCUUUGCACGAUUCUGGUAAUAAGGAGACCCCGUAUCCCAACUCGUAAUCGUAAACGAUGAUUGUAUGCUCGGACUUGGAAACGUUUUAUAAUUGAGCUUUGAUAAGUUUCUUUGGUUUUACGGUCUACCUUGUUCAAAACAUGGGUACUGAUACGACUUACAGUCAGACAGACAGGCAGACAGACAGACAGGCAGACAGACAGGCAGACAGACAGACAGGCAGACAGACAGGCAGACAGACAGACAGGCAGACAGACAGACUGCCUUAAAGACUAACUUUCUAAUGCCUUAUUUUAGUUUUCAGCUAAUUAUGCAGUGUAGAUACCAGACACUUUCCGACUAUUAUCUCAUUUUUAAUCGCAGAGUUACUUUUACAAUGACGACACGUUCAAUUUUAACUACGCUCAAGCCAAGGCGGCUGUUGGAAAUUUCAAAGAAGCAGAAGAGGUUCGUAAAAUAUCGUUAAUUCUUCGCGUAAAGCUCUGGACCUAGUGAAACCGUUUUCAACGCAUUAUUUGAGGUGCUUGUUGUACACACUGAUCGCAGGCUACGUUCCAGUUAGUACGAAUGAUCAGUGUACAUAUGCUUAUGAAGUUAGUUAAUAAAGCCAGGUUUUUUUUCAGUAGUGUAUGAGCAUGCGGUUUUUACCAAAAGAAGUUACAUUUGACCUAGGCUUUAUUAUACUACUCGAUAAAAUUCUUUUCACAGAUGAUAGCGACUUCUAUUUUGUGACGAGGCCUUAUUUGUUUUUAGAUCUUUCUGCUAAUCCAGUCGGAGAAGAUAAAGAAUGAUUACACAUACCUUAGCUGGCUGGCGCGAUGCUGUAAGUAUACGCUUCGUUACCAACGAAGACGACACUUGGGGCCCGCUCUUUUGGCAUACGAGUGUACUAGGUAGCGGUAAUUGUAUUCAUGAUUUGCGACCUAUCUUGUUCUCCCGUUUAUGGGUUGAUCGGGGUGGCAUCCGGCUCAUUUUCCAUGGGACUGGUACGUACUUAAUAAAUGCCGGCGUUCUUUCAGAAGAAAAGUAGCCUGUUCCAGGCCUUCGGACAGUGGACAGUGAUGCGAAAUGGAGAUCGGAAAAAAUGCGGAGAAGAGGGAGAGUUUUUGUCCCGCUCGCCACUCUGUUCACCAUACCUCCUAUCCUGAAGGCCUGGAACUAGCGACAUGAAAAUAACCAUGCCUAGUCCUGUUGGCACACCUUUUUCGCUUAACCAUUGAGCUUGUCAAGUCCUUGUACGGCGUCUUCUCAGGCCCUUUAGGUCAAUGCAUUUCGGUGACGUAGCCAAACAUACUCGCUGAGACUACGUGACUCGAAACGCAUAGGCCGCGCGAAAUUACGACUCGUAGAAACUAAACAAAAAUCAAAGGACCCCAUGGGACUGUCAGCUCGUGAAUGCAAAUUACAUGUUAUGGGAUAGAAAAAUUAUUGGCUUUCAAUUUUUUUUUCUUUGCAUGCGAACUUUUGGGGUCAACGUCGUUAUAAGAACCUGUGAAGGUUUUUUUUGUAUUGUCGCUGUUAUUUUUCUGAUGUCUAUUGUAUUGACGUCUUUGUUUACGUUGUUUUACGUCACUCGUGUGUAGUUCAAGGGUUUUAUACUCCGAGAUGAGACUGUCCUUCAAGGAUUAAUUUAACGCGCGAUGGAACGCACGAACUCGAUAGAAUAGAUCUUUUCAUUAAUUUGUAAAAUCAAAACGCCGUUGACUUCUCAAUUUUUACUCACAUCUUAUUGAAAAUGACUUGUAAAUAAAUCUUUGCAUAAGUUUCCAGCCUCGUGGCAUUUUUCGUUUUCAAAAUACUAAAGCAUUUUGAAUUCCCGAAUUUUUUUAAGUGCGUGACAUCGAGAGUCCGCGACAUCUGAUGUCUUCUUCUUGAAAUAAACUGAGAAAGAAAAGGGUUUACAUAAUUAUCAGUUUUUCCUCUUGCGGUCCUUCAACGUCUGAUGGAAUUGACGAACGCACGAUGGAACACACGUACACAAUUAAAUACAACGCACGUGAUCUGUAAAGUCAACUCAUUUCCAGUCCAUUUCGGAAAAAAGAUCCAUCGAGUGACGUCGGUCCCCACUAACCGCUAUGCCUCGGACUCUAUGCCUCGUUCAUUUGCGCUUCGCGCAUUCACGAGUUAAAAAAGCGUGCGUGUAGCCGUACCCUCCCGUGUUAGAAAAAAGACGGCACUCCGUGUGCAAAGGUCUGUUGCUGUUGGUUAUGUAGGGGUUGGUUGGGGGGAGUGGGGAUGGUGGGACGGAGUGCAGUGAAACACAAAAAUUCGGGGAUCAUCAAGGGAGUUGGCCACAGGAAGGAUUCACAGGAUGGUGUUGCAAGUGUUAGCCCAUCAUCAGCCUUCUUAUCCCUCUCGUCUCCUUCUUGUACUCAGUCUAGGAAGUUUACUGUAGGAACUGAAGACUUGCGUCUUUAAGGAAGGGACUUAUUUACUUUUGUUGGCUGUUUUGCAGACAUCAUGAAUCAUAAGCCGCGUCUUGCGUGGGAGCUGUACCUCAAGAUGGAGACAUCCGGUGAAUCAUUCAGUUUGUUGCAGCUUAUUGCUAACGACUGCUACAAGGUUGGUAGGCUCUUUUCGGACGAACACUGGCAACUACCUUAGUAUUCUAAUGCGCCUUUUUAGCGAGCUGACAACGACUUCCUUGAACACGCCGAUACGAACUCGCGUUUUGUGGUGGGUUUUUCUAUCCAGGCAGCCAUUGUUUAACGCGUUGACAGCAGCUCAGCUAUAGGGCCGGAAAAUACCAAAUGAAGCAUUAAAUAGGUUCUUGAUUUAAAGAGCUUUUCAAGGGUCUAUCAGUGAAGAAGACAAUUCGAUGAACAAGUCAUAAUCCAAAGAAGUACAUUAGCUGGUUUGAAAAGCGGGAGGUCAUAUUCCAAGUGGCAGAAGUCUUUAUUCUUAACCAAUCCCAGCGUAGUGGAACAAAACCCCACCAACUGCAAAACCUUAUUAAUCAGUCGAAAUGUGUCGUAUAUUACAGAUGGGUCAGUUCUAUUAUGCUGCGAAAGCGUUUGACGUACUGGAGAGACUGGAUCCCAAUCCAGAGUAUUGGGAAGGAAAAAGAGGAGCUUGUGUUGGAAUAUUUCAGCAGAUCAUUGCUGGCCACGAACCAAGGUAAGACACCCAAUUGAACCUGACUUGACCCUCUUCAUUGAAAAGUUGGAAGAGGGCCGGUGACAAGUCAAGACCUUCUGAUGUGAGCUUAAGCCCUACACCAUUCACAGUGUGUAAAGUAAUUAAUGCAAAUUAAUAACGAGCACAGGUGACCAACCUUUUUCGUCGGUCUACAUAAUAUCACUGCUAUGCAUAAGUUAUGCACCUAAAUGAUUUCAUAUUUAGAGCCUCUGGGCUCGGUCUGAUUAUUCAAAGAGCUCAUACAAGGUACUAGGGAAGAGAAAAUAAGAUCAUAGUAUAGUCGUGUUAAUCAGGAUUGUUCAUGUGGCCCCGGUUGUUCAUAAGGUGGACAGCGUUAUCCACCGGAUAAAUCUCUAUCCACUGCAUAACGCUAUUGCUUUUAUUAAUACUAAUCCGUUGGAUAGUGAUAUAUCCAGUGGAUAGCUUUAUCCAAUGUUUGAACAACUGGGGCCAGCUCAAUAAGAGAAAGUUGCAGACGCUUAAAUAUCCCUCAUGCAGUUUCUAUAAAAAAGCUGAGGUAAAAAGGUAAAGAGUCUUCUAAAUUUUACGUCAGUAGCUCGAAAUAGUCUUCACCUGACUAACACUAUUCUCUCCAUCAGUGCUCCGUUUUACUGAGUAUAUAAAGCUACUUAAAGCUACACGGAAAGGAAAGAAGUCGAAACAAGGAUAUGAGGUCACACCUGGAAAUAGAACUCGGGGCUUGUGUGCCAAUCCUUACUCCUAAAUAUAUAUCUAGCCGAUUUUUUGAAAACCAACCUAACGAAAUUUGCCGUCAUAUGAGUGAAAAGGCGUCAAAAUCUGAUCACGCGUGUUUUGACGUAUCUCUCACGUUAAACUUACGCAAAGGACACUUGCACAGUGAUGGAGCAAAAGCGUUUUGGCCUUCGAUCGUUGUCGCCCGCACUCCGUAACCUUUGGUUGUUACUAUUUUUAAUGGCUUCUUUGGAGAUAGUUUUUGGCCGGAAAAAAACUGUAGGACACAAAAGGUCCACUUGGCGGUAACGUUUUCAAAAAUCCGGCUAGAUAUACUUUAUACUCUGGGUGGUGUUUUAUUCUCCCACUUCCAUUCGGAAUGCCUGUAUUCGUUCAUCUUCUUUGAAACCUUAUUGAUUUUCGUUACCUUUUCAUUACCUGUUAAUUGCAGGGAGACAUUACGCGACGUUCUGCAGAUCCUUCGUAACACAGGAAAUCCUCAAGUAGAGUACAUCAUACGUACAAUGAAGAAAUGGGCCAAAGAAAACAGGAUACCAGUGUCAUAAUUUUACUUUCCUCUCUCUCCCGAACAUUACAAUAAGAAAAAAAAAACACUUGUAAAUUUUAAUAGCAUAACAUUCGAUGCUUUGUUUUUUACUCCAUUGUGCUGCUGCAUCGUCAGUUUGUAAAUGUUGUUAGAGUGAGGGCUCUUUCGUUCGAUGCUCCAUUGUUAUUAGAAGUUCUCAUUGAUAAGUUCCAAAAUCCUCAGUGUAUUCUUAAAAUGAGUGCUCUUGCCAUCUACGUAACAUUAUUUUAAACAAUGUUAACAAAGAUGCUGUAUACUAGUCAUAAUUUAUUGCGCUCAAGCGUCUGGACGACUUCCGAUUGUAUAGACAACCAUACACAGCUCCAUUUUGCAUAUAUGCUUCUGACAUUAUUUAUAAAAGGCAUAAAGC